UUCAGCGUAAGCGCCAUGUGACUUAAACCCUCGUGGUUCAAGUUCAACCACCCCAUUCUUAAAGAUGGUAACAUCCACUCCCGUUCUAGAACAGGCAAGGGUGCUACCACUGUCCAGGCUUGAGGGGAGUCUCGCAUCCGGAUGUGACUGCACGAUGACCCGGAAAGAGAGAGGGCCGGGGUAGUGGGACUUCGGCCGCAGCUAUGGAAGGAGCCGGCUACAGGGUGGUGUUUGAGAAGGGCGGCGUGUACCUGCACACCAGUGCCAAGAAGCACCAAGACCCGGACUCCCUCAUCGCUGGCGUCAUCCGCGUUGUGGAGAAGGACAGCGAUGUCCUCCUGCAGUGGGUUCCUGUAGAGGAGGCUGGAGAUUCCACCCAAAUAAUCUUCUCUAAGAAGGAUGUAAGCGGGGGUGAUGCCUGCACCUCUGAGGAGGAACCGACCUUUGACCCCGGCUACGAACCCGACUGGGCUGUCAUCAGCACUGUGAGGCCGCAGCCCCGCCGCUCGGAGCCCACGAGAGGCGCAGAGCCCAGCUCCCCCCGGGGCUCCUGGGCCUUCUCGGUGAGUCUGGGGGAGCUCAAGUCCAUCCGCCGGUCCAAGCCAGGCCUCAGCUGGGCCUACCUGGUCCUGGUGACCCAGGCCGGAGGCUCCCUGCCCGCACUGCACUUCCACCGCGGGGGCACGCGCGCCCUCCUCCGUGUCCUCAGCCGCUACCUGCUGUUGGCCAGCUCCCCGCAGGACUCCCGCCUCUACCUUGUCUUCCCCCACGACUCCUCGGCCCUCUCCAGCUCCUUCCACCACCUCCAGCUCUUUGACCAGGACAGCUCCAACGUGGUGUCCCGCUUCCUCCAGGACCCCUACUCCACCACCUUCGGCGGCUUCUCCCGUGUGACCAACUUCUUCCGGGGAGCGCUGCAGCCACACCCAGAGGGGGCCUCCCCCGACCUUCCUCCACCCCCCGAGGACGAGCCCGAGCCUGGGUUCGAGGUCAUCUCCUGUGUGGAGCUGGGCCCGAGGCCGGCCGUUGAGCGGGCGCCCCCGGUCACAGAGGAGGAGUGGGCCCACCAUGUGGGCCCUGACGGCCGCCUGCAGCGGGUCCCCAUGCUCAAGGCCCGGAUCUUCUCGGGGGGUCUGAGCCCUGGCCUGAGGCGCGAAGCGUGGAAGUUUCUCCUGGGGUACCUCAGCUGGGAGGGCUCCACCGAGGAGCACAAGGCCCACGUGCGCAAGAAAACGGAUGAGUACUUCCGCAUGAAGCUGCAGUGGAAAUCCGUGAGCCCCGAGCAGGAGCGGAGGAACUCCCUGCUGCACGGCUACCGCAGCCUCGUCGAGAGAGACGUGAGCCGAACCGACAGGACCAACAAGUUCUACGAGGGUCCUGAGAACCCGGGGCUGGGCCUGCUGAACGACAUCCUCCUCACCUACUGCAUGUACCACUUCGACCUCGGCUACGUCCAGGGCAUGAGUGACCUUCUCUCCCCGAUCCUCUACGUCAUUCAGAACGAGGUGGAUGCCUUCUGGUGUUUCUGCGGCUUCAUGGAGCUCGUGCACGGGAACUUUGAGGAGAGUCAGGAGACGAUGAAGCGGCAGCUCGGGCAGCUGCUGCUGCUCCUGAGGGUGCUGGACCCGCCGCUCUGCGAUUUCCUGGACUCCCAGGACUCCGGCUCUCUCUGCUUCUGCUUCCGGUGGCUGCUCAUCUGGUUCAAGAGGGAAUUCCCCUUCCCGGAUGUCCUUCGGCUCUGGGAGGUGCUGUGGACAGGGCUCCCUGGCCCCAAUCUGCACCUCUUGGUGGCCUGUGCCAUUCUGGACAUGGAGCGGGACACCCUCAUGCUUUCUGGCUUUGGGUCCAAUGAGAUCCUCAAGCACAUCAACGAGCUGACCAUGNNNNGCAAAGCCGCUGACUUCCGCUCCCGCCCGCCAACCCUGCAGGAGCUGCCCCACAACGUGCAGGAGGUCUUGGGUCUGGUGCCACCCGCGGAGCCCCGCAGCCCCUCGCCUCCUGCCUCCCCAUUGCCGCUGUCGCCCACCCGGGCCCCACCGGCCCCACCGCCCCCCGAGGACACAGCCCCGCAGCCUGACAGCAGCCUGGAGAUCCUGCCCGAGGAGGAGGAAGAGGAGGAAGAGGAAAGCGUGAAGUCUUAACACCACUGGGCCAGCCCCGCCCGGCACAAGCACUUUAUCCAGCGCGCAGAAGCCGGGGCGGAAGUGUGCGAAGUGGGCGGGCCUCCCCAGCGGGCCGCCCGCGGCUCCUGAUGAGCUGACCUCGUUAAACUGACCCCUCUCGUGUCCCGCGGGCCUCGUGUAGGUGAAGGAGGCUGCCGUCUUGGCGUGGACCUGAAUGCGGAGGGGGUGGUGUCUUGUCGUUCCCUCGUGGCCUUGCUGCUGAGCCGAUGCCUGAUCACGUGGUCCCGACCCAGCCAAUGAGACGUCAGAGGCGGCCCCUGGACGGGGCUCUUGGAGGCAGGGCUCUGUUACCCGCAUGGAUUCGGGGCUUUUGGAGGAAUGAGGGGGAAGUGCUGGGCAUGGCCCGCCACCAGGAGCUCUGCGGGGGCACAUCCCGGACAUAACCUAGAUGGACAGGCCUGCAGAGCUGUUCACUCUAGGGACUCUGCCCACCAGCUUCUUGUUACGUGACAAUAAACUCGUGUUUAACCCGC